AUACAUUUCUGUCAUCCCAGCUACUCUGCACUGAAGAAGGACGGCCAGCGCCUGUCUGUCCUGCUGAAGAAGGGCCACAAGGUGGAGGCCAAACCAGCGCGGGCUGUCACCGUGUACAACCUGACCCUGCAGGAGUUCACCGCCCCGCUCUUCACCCUAGAUAUUGAGUGCGGUGGUGGAUUUUAUGUCAGAAGUUUGGUAGAUGACCUGGGAAAAGCUCUGUCGUCAUGUGCUCAUGUGAAGGAGCUAACCCGGACCAAGCAGGGCCAGUUCACCCUGGAGGAGCACGCCCUGCAGGAGGAGCAGUGGAGCCUGGAGCACAUCCUGAGGGCCCUGCAGCCCUGCCCCGAGGCCCUCAGCUGAGCAGGAGGAGCAGUGGCCACAUGGAGCAUCUUCUGUCAAAAAGGAGCAUGGCCGGACAAUAAGGAGAGCCUACUCCUGGCGUUCCAUACCAAAACAAAAUCACAGCGUUUAUUUGAAAUUGUUAAUUUCACAACUGUAUCUGGACAACUCAUCACCGCUGUUGUGUGACGGACUAGCAUCGACCCUUUGGAUUUUAUAACGGGUUUGUGCUACAAUAUAUUUGUUUAAAUAGUUUUUUACCAUGUACUUCCACGAGAAGAUUCUUGCUCUCAUAUUUGGAAUGAAGGAGCUUCAGCGCUCAGUCCGACAGCCGCAGAGCAAGGCGACAGAAGGCAGCAACAUCCAAGGUCUUCUCAGACCAUCUGCUCAAAUAAAUGGGCCUUUUGGUCUUUGUAAUGUCUCAAAGACAUAGCCUAAAACAAGCUUCUACUGCGAUGUCACCAGCUUUCUUCUGAAAUGUACCGAAAAUAUUUUGGCGUCAUACCCACUCUCCUCAUUGGAAACGAUUGAAACAACAUUGGGCACAGGCCCAAAGUCAAGACUCACCUGCUCAGCUUUCCUGUGAAGAGAACAUUCCGUUAAACCUGUUUUACAUAAAGAAACACUUGUGUGGUGUUUGUCACUCAGCAGGGUCGUUUGACAAUCUCAACCACAAAUGGCGCCUGAUGCCACAGCCGAUAAUGGGCAAGUGAUGUUGAUCUCUCCUGGGGAGCAGGUGGCACCUCGCAGGAAGCCUCUACCUGGUUUAUAUGUUUGAUCUGAUGGGAUGUUCAGUUAUGAAAAGGAACCUUUAGUAAAGCACCCGUUACCUCUUCUGUAGCACGACUGGAGAAUACACUUACGAAGUGAAUGGAAAGGGUUAAUGCCUGCAGUUUGCUCUAAACGGUGCUCUUGAGUUAAUUGUCAUGCAAAUAAAAACUAUUUCUGUUGAUCCAAACAAUUUGUCCACGGUUUGUCCAGUUUUGUUUCUAACAUCCCAUCUGUAAGUGCCACAUCUGUAAGUGCCACAUCUGGAGUGGUGUGAUUAUACUGAAUGUAUAAUUAUUAAAAUGG